AUGAAUCAUAGAUCUCUCUCUCUCUCUCUCUCUCUCUCUCUCUCUCUCUCUCUCUCUCUCUACCCCUUUGCCCCGAUCCCGCCCUUCCACUCUUGCUCUCCCUCCCUGUCACUCCCUCCUUCUCCAGAAACACGAUUGCGUAAUAUUUGCAUUGCGCAAGUCGAUCGAUUUUUCUCUGCCUACUUUCUAGCUAACUAUCUAUCUAUCUAUCUAUCUAUUUUAGCCUUCUGGUUCUAUCUAUCUAUUUUAACCUAUUCAUAUAUAUCUCAAUCUGGAUCUAUCUAUCUAUCUAUCUAUCUAUCUAUCUAUCUAUCUAUCUCAGUCAGGUUCUAUCUAUCUAUCUAUCUAUCUAUCUUAGCUGGCUCAUAUCUGUCUCAGUCUGGUUCUAUCUAUCUAUCUAUCUAUCUAUGUAUCUAUAUUAGCCUGUUCAUAUCUAUCUAUCUGGAUCUAUCUAUCUAUCUAUCUAUCUAUCUAUCUAUCUAUCUUAGCCUCUUCAUAUCUAUCUCAUUCUGGAUCUAUCUAUCUAUCUAUCUAUCUUUCUUAGCCUGUUCAUAUCAAUCUCAGGCUGAUUCUAUCUAUCUAACUAUUUUAGCCUGUUCAUAUCUAUCUAUCUAUCUAUCUAUCACUAGCUAA